AUGGCCCGCUCUUCCGCCGCCGUUCGCGCGGCGCGGCGGCUAAUCCCAUCCCCUGCCGCGUUUCCAACGCCUCUAUUAUCACCCGCCGCGCUCGUGGCACCGUUUGUAGUGUCAGCUUCCCCUGUAGCUCUCUCGCCACCCUCGAUAUUAUCUCCCGGUGCACAGCGGCGCGGUGAUUGUAGCGAGGAUAUCUUAGCACUGCGAAGUUCGCAGCUUCACUUUGCCACGUCAGCUCGCUCAACCGGCGGCUCGUCUUGUGCUUCCCGGGUUUCUACUACCAGUGCCACGUGUCCUGCACCUUCGGUUGCCACGCCACCCAGCUCCUUCGCCGCGUCUGGUUUUGCCGAUGCGUUUCCUGCCACGUGGCAGCCGAGGAGGGGGUACUCCGUGGAGACAUCUUCGGUGGUGGGUCCACGUGGCGGUGCCCAGUUGGUGCAGUUGGAUUACCUCACAGGGGACGACGAGGGCAUCGCUGUGGUGACCCUUAACCGCCCUGCGGCCCGCAACGCCAUCAGCAAACAGCUGCUGGCAGAUCUCUUGGAGGCCAUGGCGGAAGUAAGGGGAGAUGGGGGAGCUGGGGGGGUGGAGCGAGCAGGGAAAGCAGAGGGUGCAGUGGCAGGGACGCAGCAGGAGCAGACGGGGAAAGCAGCAGUGCGAGUUGUGAUAAUAAGGAGCGCAGUGGAUGGAGUGUUUUGCGCAGGGGCAGACCUCAAGGAGCGCAAGGGCAUGACACGGGAAGAGGUGGAAGCAUUUGUCAGCAGUCUCAGGGAAGCGUUCACUGACCUUGAGAACCUGCCUGUACCAACAGUGGCAGCAGUUGAGGGAGCAGCACUGGGCGGGGGACUGGAAAUGCUUCUAGCUUGUGACAUCAGAGUGGCAGGCUUCAAUGCCCGGUUUGGCCUGCCAGAGACAUCGCUUGCCAUCAUUCCCGGGGCGGGAGGCACACAGCGGCUACCACGCCUCGUCGGUGCAUCUCGAGCCAAGGAGCUCAUUUUCACGGCUCGGGUUGUGCGAGCUGACGAGGCACUCUCUCUCGGUAUUGUGAGCCACUGUGUGCCUGCGGGAACUGCACACGACACAGCCCUUGAAAUCGCAAGAACCAUCCAACGCAAU